AUGCGCUGCGACAUCAUCGCGCAGGCCGUCGUCAACGCCGCCAAGGAAGUCGGAUUCUCCAUCCCACUCGUCGUCCGCCUCGAGGGCACCAACGUCGACGAGGGCAAGCAGAUCCUCGAGGACGCCAAGGGCGAGCUGCCCACCAUGCAGGCCGCGGACGACCUGGGCGAUGCGGCCAAGAAGAUCGCCGCCGCCGUGGCCGGGUCCUAA